GGGCGGGGCCGCGGCGCUCGGGGCUGGCGGGCUCGGAUGGCGGCGGCGCAGGGCUCCUGAGCGGGCCGGGGCCAUGAGCGCCGCCCGGCCCCAGUUCAGCAUCGAUGACGCCUUCGAGCUGUCCCUGGAGGACGCGGGCCCGGGGCCCGAAUUCAGCGGGGUCGCCCGCUUCGGGCCGCUGCACUUCGAGCGCCGAGCCCGGUUCGAGGUGGCCGACGAGGACAAGCAGUCCCGGCUGCGCUACCAGAACCUGGAGAAUGAUGAGGAUGCAGCCCAAGCCUCUCCGGAGCCGGAUGGGGGAGUCAGCAUCAGGUCAGGGCCAGGGAUUCCGGCCGAACGUCCAUCCGCAGCUCCCAGUGGUCCUUCAGCACCAUCAGCAACAGCACCCAGCGAUCCUACCAUGCCUGCUGCAGCUGGACGCAACACCCUUUGAUCCAGAAGAACCGCCGGGUAGUGCUGGCCUCCUUCCUACUCCUGCUGCUGGGGCUGGCUCCCUGCGUCUCAGUUUCAUCUUCUGUGAAAUGGGGAUGAUAAUACCUGUUUCAUUCAGUCACGGUGACAAUAAAGCAGUGCAGGUAACAAGCUUAGCCCAGUGCCUGGCAGCACCUGGCCACACCACGGAGCAGAGGAAAAUCUCACUUCAGACAUUUCCCAGGCCCUGCCAGGUGCCCUGCUCUGAAAACACAGAGCUUGCGCUGAUCCUGAUCGCCGUGGGACUGGAGGUGGCCCCCUCGCCAGGUGUCUCCAGCGCCAUCUUCUUCGUGCCCGGCUUCCUGCUGUUGGUCCCGGGAGUCUACCACGUGAUCUUCAUCUACUGCGCCGUCAAGGGCCACCGGGGCUUCCAGUUCUUCUACUUGCCCUAUUUCGAGAAGUGAGCCGCGGGCGGACCGCGGGGAUCCAGCCUCGCCUGCGAGCGGCCCCAGGGGGCGCUCCUCGGCCCCGCCCCGCUCUGGUUUCCUCAUCUCAAGGGAAGGA